AUGUCAGGAGUAGUAGAGCCGCUAUGGAUCAAGUCGGAUGCUCAGAAAGAGCAGUCCGAAGAAGCCAUGCUGCGCCAGAUGGAGUGCGAAGCCGCGCAGAAGAUUCUCAGUCAGGGUGUGAAGGUAAAAAAUAAAGUUUUUAAAAUUUCAAAUCUUUUUAAAAUUCAAAUUUUUAGCCUAAGCUAAGCUUAAGCUAAGCCUAAGCUAAGCUAAGCCUAAGCCUAAGCUAAGAUUUUUAAAAUUUUUUAAAAUUAAAAUUAUUCAACUUAAAGUUUUAAAAUUUGUUACUUUUACCGUAAUUUCAGGUCCGUCGAAUAAACAACGGUCUAAUCUCAAAGCCCUCUUUGUUAUGUGUGUAUGAGAGUAAGAUUCUAACAUAUCCAAGUACUAGUUGUUUUGUGAUACGAUCUUUAAAAACACGGUUUUCAACGCCUGUUAAGUCAUGUAAGUUUUACUGUAUAUGCAUCAUUUAAUUUUAUCUAAAUCUAACUUUAAGAUUAAGCCUACGCUUUAAUCUAAGCCUAACGGUAAGGCUAAAUCUAUGCCUAGGCGUUUGUCCGGGCUAUAUUAUAAACUUAGCCGUAAGCCAAAGCCAAAUCCUAUGCCAAGCCUAAAGCUAAGACUAAAUCUAAGCCUAAUGCUAUGCCUAAAGCUAAGCCUAAAGCUAAACCUUAAACUAAGCUUAAACCUAAGCUUAAACCUAAACCUAAGCCUAAACUUAAUCCUAAUUAUAUGCCUUUGCUUAAGCCUGACCCUACUAAUUGUAGACAUACAUUAACUAACACGCCUUUUGUAUUCUAUUAUGAAAAGAUAAUCAGUAAAAGAAUUAAAAUAUUUGCGAUGUUACAUAAUAUCGCUGAUAUAACUAGAUAGCCUUAGAGAAAUUGCAAGAAACCGUAUUACGCAACAUUUUCUUAUGUAAUAUGUUGUAUUUCCAUAAUAUUUGCCUCGAUGUAAAACGACCCAACAAAUGACUGCGAGUGCUGGGAUCUGGCUACAUCUUUCUGCGAGACAUCAAUUUUUACCUGCCAUAUUUUCAGUAUAUAAACCCAACAUCUUUUGCAUAAACCGUCAUUCUAAGCCUAAGCACAAAGUUAAGGCUAAAGCUAAGGCUACAGCUAAGCUUAAAGCUAAGGCUAAAGCUAAGCCUUAAGCUAAGCCUAAAGCUAAGGCUAAAGAUAAGCCUAAAUCUAAGCCUAAAGCUAAGUUUAAAGCUAAGCCUAGUUACUAUAAGCCUAUAAAUAUUGUAAUUUAUCAACUUAAGGUGCCUAAUUUUAUCUUACACUUGGCUAUGUAGAUGUCCUAUCUAGGUUAAUAUACAAAUAUUGUUUAAUUUUCAGUAGAAGUGACAAAGCUGUUAGAAGUGCGACAAGGCUACCACACAGACGGUCUCCAUAGGGCUUCUAAAAAGGAUGGAUUUAAGAAAGAAGCACCAGUAAGGUUUUAACUUUUGAUGUUUGAUAUAAAGUGUCACAAUAUAAUAAAAUUUAUCUUAUUGUAAGUCAUCUGCAACAUCAUUCUAAGUAACCUACAUCAUUCUUUUUCAGGAAAAGCGAUGUUUCUCUUUAAUCACCAAACAUCAACGAAAUUCAGUCAAGGCCAUUGACUUCUUGGCCGACAAUCAGCCAGAACUCGAAACCUGGAUUGAUGCUCUAAAAAUCGUGCUGCGACAUUUAGAAGAGAAUUGUGUAUCAUUCGAUGAGAAACUUUGGCUUAUGAAGCAUUUUCGAAAAGCCGAUACUGAUAAGAAUGGCAAUUUAGCCUUUAGUGAACUUUGGGCAUUAUUGAAGCAGUUGAACACACAGAUGAAUGAAGUUCACGUCAAAUGUGUUUUUAAUGUAAGUUUAUUGUUAUGUUAAGUAAAAAUGUGUUUUUUUGCUGAAAUUUAGGUAUUGAAAUUGAAUUUAAACUUCAUUUUUACAAAAAUUUCCAAAGGAAAAAUGGAAGAAAGUAGGGUGCAGUAAAAUUACUGUAACUUUAAAAACUCGAAUAGUUAACAAAUUUUGUUUGUUGGGAUAGUUAGCAAAGUUAUUAAUCUACAAACUCAAAAACUUUCAAUUUUCAACUUCAUUUGUUAAAAAAGUUACAUUGAAAACAAAUUUAUAUUAUUCUUUUCUCAGCGCGCCAAAAAGAAUUGGGCUGUUUCAGUGCAUUUUUGUUAAGAAAUGGACCAAUUCUUUUUGGCGCAGAUUAAAAUAACUUCGUUGUUUUUACUUUUUUGGUCAAAAAGUUUUUAGAAUUAAGUUUUUCUUGUAAUUUGCUUUUUCUUUUUUAAUUUUCGAAAUAUUUUUUGACCUUAAAAUCUUUCUUUUUACUUUUUCUUUCAUUUUUUCGACCGCUAAACUAUUUUUUUUAUUUUUAAGUAUAUUUUUUGGCCAUUUUCUAACAAAAAUAUACCUAAAAUUUUUAUUUUUCAGAGGAUUCUAGAAAAACACAACAAGAAAAACCCUCAAUUAGAUUUGUCCGAGUUUUUGGAGCUUUUCGGCCUAUUAACGACAUCAGAAGAGCUCAAAGAGAUUCUGAAGGAGAACUCGGAGAAUCAUGGUGAAGUUAUGGAUUCUCGAGACUUGUGCACCUUCUUGAGAGACGUGCAGAAGUUUGAGGACGUGGAUUGGCAACAAUCGACCGAUUUGAUACGACAAAUGGAAGUUGGGGCUGAUAAGCCGGAUAAAAACAGUCCGGUCAAGAUUAAUGGGCAAUUGGCUUUGACUGUUAAUGGUAAGUUGGUUUUGUUACUUAAAAUUAUAUAAAAUGGAGUUUUGUUACUUAAAAUUUAUAUAAAACGUAUUUUUGUUACCUAAAAUGAAAUAAAAGUUCAUUUUUGUUACCUAAAAUUAAAAAAAUAACUGAUUGUUACCUAAACUCCAAAAAUCAUAGUUUUAUUACCUAAAUUUUAACUUUCAGGCUUCAGAAGGCUGCUACAAAGCCGCUACGGGUCGAUAUACAAGCCAAAUCACGAGAAAAUCCAUCAAGAUAUGACCCAACCGCUUUGCAACUACUUUAUUUACAGCAGUCACAAUACCUACUUGACUGGGCUUCAAUUAAGUGGCAGAGCGACAGUCGAAGGCUACAUUUCAGCGCUUAAAGCUGGUGCUAGGCUUCUUGAGUGUGAGUUUGUUGGAUUUUUAUUCCAAAGAGCCUUCUCCGCCGCGUGUCUUACUGUAAUUUUUUUAAUUUAUGCAAAUUUAAAAAUUUUUAAAAAGGGUCAAAAAUUUUUUUUAAUUUGACAUUUUAAAAAAUUUACUUCAUUUCCAGUAGACAUAUUUGAUGGUGAAGAUGGAGAACCCAAGAUAACUCACAAACGUACCUUAAUCACCGCCAUAGGCCUUCGAAAUGCCAUAACCUACAUAAAAAGAUACGCCUUUGAGAAAUCCCCUUACCCUGUGAUAUUAACUCUAGAAAACCAUGCCUCCUUCGAACAACAAAAGGUAAUGGCAAACAUCUUCGAAGAGAUACUGGCGGAGACUUUGUACGUGCCAACUCCGGAGCAACUUGCUUCUCUGUUGCCGUCUCCAGAAGCUCUGAAGUAUAAGAUCAUAUUGAGGGGGAAGGCCACACAUUCAGAAGGCAGUUUGGAUGAAGAUGAUAGUAAUGAAGAGGAUGAACAUCGGAAGCUGAGUAAAGUCAAGAGUAUUAAGGAAACGCAUCCAGCUUUGAGGAAGUUGAUAGCUAUGCCUACUGUGUCGUUGAAGAAGCAUUUUGUUGAAGAACUUAUCCAAAAUCGUGAGUUAUUUUUUGUUAAUUUAGGAUAGAGGUCGUUUUUAGUGCCUAUAAUACUGAAAAAAUUUUUUUUUAAUUUAAAAUUUGAAAAAAAAAUAUUUUUGUUACCUAAAAUAUUUUAAAAAUGUGUUUUUAUUACCUAAAAUAGAAAAAAAAGUUAUUUUUGUUACUUAAAAUUUUAAAAAAACGUCUUUUUGUUACCUAAAAUUGAAAAAUUUACCUUUUUGUUACCUAAAAUAUUUUAAAAAUGUCUUUUUGUUACCUAAAAUAACCAAUAAAGCCAGUUUUUUUGAGCUUUGCAUAUUGAACUUGAUUGGACCUUUUUUGCACGGUGCAAUCGUGGUGUUUUUGCACGAUGCAAUCCUUUUAAAAGCCUUGCACAGUGCAAAUAAGCGUUUAAUUCAAACAUCUUUUUUAGACCCAACCCACUCCUCAGCAUCCCUCGGUGAAUCAGUAGUCGACUGGUUUGCCACUCAAACCUCACUCAUCCACAAAUAUACUCAAAACCACAUAGUAAAAUCGUAUCCUCAUGGUAUACGACAAGACUCUUCCAACUUACAUCCAAUGAACUCCUGGAUUUGCGGAAUCCAAUGCGCGGCCAUGAAUUUACAGACCGAAGGCGAGGAAACCGACCUAUCUUAUGGUAUGUUCGCUGUAAAUGGCAUGUGCGGCUACUACUUGAAGCCGGACAUACUUCGAAGUGGGAUCAAUCCGAUUGAAUUUGCAAAAACCGUGCCAAAGAAGAUGAGGAUGAGGAUAAAGGUGAUUAGUGGGCAAUAUUUGCCCAAUGCAGAUCCGUCGGAUGAUAUUAUUGAUCCAUAUGUGUGUUUACAUAUUCAUGGCAUUCCAGGGGAUACAUAUAAAUGUAGAACGAAGGCUUUGAGGGAUAAUGGUAAGUGAUUUUUGGGUAUGAAGUGAAGAAAUAAGAUGGUUUGUAUUUUUAUUACCUAAAAUUUAAAAUUAAAUUUGUUAUUUAAAUUUGGAAAAAAUUAUUUUUGUUACCUAAAAUUUUGAAAAAAAUGCGUUUUUGUUACUUAAAAUCCGAAAAAAAUUAAUUUUGUUACCUAAAAUUUGAAAUAAAAACUAUUUUUAUAGCCUAGAAUUCAAAAAAAAAAAUUUUUAUUACAUAAACUUCGAAAAAAAAACUUAAGUUUGUUACCUAAACUUCAAAAAAAAAUUUUUAUUACCUAAAAUUCGAAAAAAAAAACUAUUUUUGCCACAUGAAAUUCGGAAUAAAAUUAUUUUUGUUACCUGAAAUUUGAAAAAAAAUUGUUUUUGUUACCUAAAAUUAGAAAAAAAAGUUAUUUUUGUUAUCUAAAAUUUGGAAAAAUAGAAUCUUAUCACCUAAAAUUUGAAACAGUUGGGGGUUUUGUUACCUAAAAUACAAAAAAUAUAAUAAGGUGUAUACUUAUAGGCUUCUUAAGCCUUCUUCUUUCUAUCCUAUCCUUUAAAAAUAGUUUUAAAAUUUAAAAAUUCCAUUUUUUUAGGCUUCAACCCAGUGUGGAACGAGGAUUUUUCCUUCCAGCUCUCCUGUCCAUCCGUUGCCAUUUUACAAUUCGUUGUGAUGGAUUUUGACACAACAUCGGCCGAUGAUUUCGUCGGUGAAUUCUCGAUUCCAGUGCCCAGCGUUCGAGCUGGUUAUUCGUUCGUACGGUUACGCACGUUUCAACGUUCCCCCGAUGAAGCGGCCACACUUUUUGUUCAUAUCGAUUUUGCCGAGGAAUAA